AUGGUGAAAGCCACAAUGCUGCACUCUUUUUAUAUUUAUUAUCUUGGAUUUGCAUCUUUUAAACCAAAUAAACUAAAACAUUUAAGAGUAUUUUUGCUCCAAAUUAAUUUUAUUGUCCUGAUCUGUAAUAUUUGCAGUUUUGAACCUUGCAUUUUGGUUGUAACUGGCCUCGUUUCACCUUUCCAGGGUAUUACAGAGAGCUUUGGAGCUGCGAUCCACGCCCUGAACUCCUCUCACCUGACAGAUGGUGUGAUUAACAGAAGCAAAAGGAUGAUGCUGGACUCCCUGGGUGUCGGGCUGUUAGGGAGCCGGACGGCUGUCUUCAGCAAGGCUCUCAUGUUCAGCGAGAUGUUCAUGUCAGAGCAGAGGAGCAGUGUUUGGGGUCGAUCUGAGACGACUCUCCCUCCUCAUUAUGCUGCUUUUGUCAAUGGUGUUGCAGUUCACUCCAUGGAUUUUGACGACACUUGGCACCCGGCAACUCAUCCCUCAGGGGCCGUGCUGCCCGCACUGCUGGCCCUGGCAGAGACCCUGCCCAGCCGGCCCUCUGGUCUGGACUUGCUGCUGGCCUUCAACGUGGGUCUGGAGGUGCAGGGCAGACUGAUGAGGUUCUCCAGCGAGGCCUACAACAUCCCUGAACGGUUUCACCCUCCCAGUGUGKUUGGAGUGAUGGGGAGCGCCGCAGCCUCAGCAAAGCUCCUGGCUUUGUCUCCUGCUCAGUGCAGYCACGCCCUGGCCAUUGCAGCCUCCUCUGCCGGGGCUCCUCUGGCCAAUGCCGCCACCCAAACCAAACCUCUCCACAUCGGGAACGCUGCUCGAAGAGGCUUAGAGGCAGCUCAGCUGGCACUAAUUGGCCUGGAGGGGAACCCAGCCAUACUGGACAUGGACAGCGGGUUGGGGGUGUACUACAAAGACUACAACCCUUCGCCCAUGGCAGGUUCUGGUGCUUUUAGGUGGAUUCUUGAAGAUCAGGAUGUGGCGUUCAAGCGCAUCCCUGCUCACUUGGCUAUGCAUUGGGUUGUGGAUGCAGCUCUGGAAGCUCGUACAAAGCUUCAAGACGCAGUUGGGAACUUUGACCUGAGUCAGAUUGAACGCAUCACACUGCGGGUUCCUCCGUCCAAGUACAUCAACUGCCCCCUGCCUGAAUCUGAGCACCAAGCCAGGCACUCGUUUCAGUUCAACGCCUGCUCAGCUCUGCUGGACAACAAAGUGACAGUCGCUUCCUUCAGCCGGGCUCAAAUCAACCGGCCCGCCCUGAAGGACCUCCUAUCGAAGGUGCAGGUGGAGACCCCUGAGGACAACGCUCCCAGCUUUGACAAGAUGUACUGUGAGGUGGAGAUCAGCACAGCUCAGGGGCUGAGUGCUGCAGCCAGGUGUGAUACAUUUUAUGGCCACUGGAGGAAGCCACUGAGCCAGAGGGACCUGGAGGAGAAGUUCAGCCUGAACGCGUCCUCAGUGCUGUGCUCAGAAGGGGUGGAGGGGGUCAUGGAUGUGGUGGGGAACAUGGAGAAGGUGUCGGAGUGCUCGGUUCUAGGCUCUUAUCUGAAAAUGACAAGUAAUCAGGAGCAGCUGUACAGAACGAGAAUUAUGUAAUUAUUCCCCCAUUUAUCUGAUAAAAUGUCAAAUUUAAAUGUAAAGAAAUAACCAGGAUGUAAAUAUGUAUA